AUGGUCCCCGUGCUCAGAGCCUCUCCGGUCGCGAGCAAAGGCUGGAGCUGCUCCAGCAACAAAGCUCGAGUGACGGCACCUCAAUCUCAGACAACCACCCUAUCCAUUGGUUUCGCCUCCGAUUUAUUGGCUUCACAUCCGUCGAUCAAGGCUGGUCCCAUCCAGCCAACGCCAUUGCCCCUCAUCCCUGACGAUUCGAGCCCUGUGUCGCACCAUAGCUUUUCAACUCCACCAGAACGCCUUGUCACGAGAAGUACGCCAUCGUCCACCGUGCACAGUCGGGAAACUUCCACUGUUCGAGGAGGUGCCGACCUAUCCGCUUUAGCCCCUUCAUCCUCACAACCUCAACACUCUCGGCGCGGCAACUCCCAUCCCAAAAGUCCCGAACCAAGCGCUGGGAGGUCUGGUCUUGGGUACGAUGUCGGCUUGGAGAGGAGACCAUCCAACUCUUACGGUCAUCAUCGAAAUACCUCGAUUGUCCAUGGAAUCCAACACUCCCGAAAUCCCAGUUUCGCUGCCUCUACAACCUCUACAAGCCCUCUCAGCCCCGAAUUGAUCGCUUCGCUCGGCCGUGGUGGCGCUCCCGACCCAGAAGGCACAGGCGCUGUACGAAUGGAGCAGCACGAGGGACACUCGGGCUUCCAGGGCCAAGGGGCCAAUGGAGCGGCUCACAGCCUGCAGGGCACACUAAGCACCAUAGAGGAUCGAGACACGGAUGAUGUCGCUGAUGGGAACCUGGCGGGUACAGCUCACAGGAGAAUGAACUCCAACGGAAAGCCGUGGCAGGAGCGGUCCCAUAGCCGUUCCCACUCGAGGCACCAUUUUGGAGCAGAGUCGAAAACGGUUGGGGAAUACGCUUUGCAUCAUCUCUUCAAUUCCUUUGUAGGUCAGGCGGACAACAAGAUCAACCAGGCUAUAAUGAAACUGGGUGAGUCGGACGCGCCAGUUGAAGAAGUAUGCGGACCGGGCGUCGAUUCAAAUUUUGAUCAAUUGAUCUCUGCUUUGGGUCAUAUCGCGCGAGAGAAACCCAAGCCUCUGAUUGAUACGAUAAUGCUUUGGCGGAAGGCCAAAGGUGAUGCUGCCAUUGUGGCCAAACAGGCAGCUGGUCAGAAGACUACAUCCGAGAAUGGGUCCCUGAUACGCCGUAACACUGAGCCACCCCAGAUCAUUGCAGAAUCGGCUUCUCAGACUGACUCUGCGUCUCCUGCGACUACACUUUAUUCCCGACACGACGAUGUCAUCUUGGCGGAGCGGCGUGCGACGGUAUCCGUGUACCUGGUUUGUAGGGUUUUGAUUGAGAUAUUCAAUCAGAGCAGUCUCGCUUCGAUCACAUUGGACAUGGCGGACCGCUUAGAGGAUAUAGUCUUCGGUCAACUCAAGACAGUAGAUCCCGAACAGAUCUCAGCUUCUCCCCUUCGCAUGGCAAACUGGAGGAUCUACUCCCAGGUGCUAGGGAUCAUGAGCGAAAAUAACUUCACCAGCGUUACAGGUCGGUUUCUGGCAGAGCUCGAAAAGAUUCAGAAGGAUGAAACACUUCGUGGACCUUCCAGGGAUGGUGACGCUAAAGCCGAACUUUUGAUCCUAGGAAUGAGGCAUAUCCGGAUCAGGACACAACCCGAUGCAUGGGCUCGCUCUUGCGAAUUUCUGCGGUCACUAGCACGAUUGUUCGGUAAUUCUCAUGGGCAACGGGUCAAACAGGCAUAUUGUUAUAUCUUUGAAAAGUUACUUCUACCUGUUGCUGCAAGUCCCAAUUCUGACUUGACGUUGCCCAAGUGGAAAGAUUUUAUAGAACUGGUCCAGUCCCGUCUGUCACAGAUGCUAACCAAGCCUCGUCAUUGGACUGUGGCUUUUCCUCUCCAUGUGUUGCUCCUGUGCGUGUCGACGAAGGAGAACUUCUCUUCACAGUGGCUUUCACUGAUCCAGUCCCUCCCACCGAGACUAAAAGACCGGCCAACGAGAGGGCCGGCCCUACAGGCGAUGUGUCGCUUGCUGUGGACCUACUUCUUUCGCUAUUCAGAAUCGCCCACAGCUACCCUGCGUAAAGUCGAAGAAGUGUCGAAAAUCGCGCUUCCGCCGGGCAAAAGGACAUAUCUGAGUACAGAAUCGGCCGUUGCAGAACCUCUUAUUCAACUAAUACGGAUGAUUGGCUUUAAGCAUCCCGACGUCUGUUUCCGAAACAUCAUCUUUCAGAUGAUCAGCUCAGAUCUUUUCCUCUCUGGAAAAGAACUAAAGAUCGAACAAAUGGAGCCGGAAAAGAUGGUGAUCGGUAUCAGGUCCUUUCUCGCCAUCAUGACAGACAAUGAGAAUUGUGAUCAGCUUUGCCCGCCCUUUCCCACUGGUUCGCUCCCCAAUCCAUUCACCGAUAUGUCCUCUCCAACCUAUCUACACCGUCCUCAGUUCCUGGCUGAUCCCCGGCUACCAAAUACCCGAGGGAAUAGGGAGGAUGCAGUAUCACGUCCGGUGAACACAGCAAGACUGAAUGACAACGCCAAGGAGUAUUAUUUCCGAUUUUGUGACAUCCUUGGCAAGAUAACACUUUUAUGCGACAACACUUUCGGAGGACAGGCAGCGCUAGAUGAGAAAUUUGGCGGAACAACUCCCAAGACCCCGAUUGCGGAGGCCUUUAGUUUCGGAAGACGGGAUGAUCAUCCUAAUAUCCUAGAUCAGCGACAGGGCUUCUACGAUCUUCUUCACGUCGCGGUCCAAGCCCUGCCUCGCUGUCUAUCCGAUCGUAUACCAUUUAAUUCUCUUAUCAAUCUGCUUUGCACUGGCACUGCUCAUGUUCAGACAAACAUAGCGUCCUCAUCUGCCGAGUCUCUGAAAGCAAUCGCGCGGCAAUCUCAUGCUCAGCAGGUGACGAUCGGUUUCGCAAGGUUUAUAUUCAAUUUCGACGCGAGAUAUUCCACCAUGUCAGACGAAGGCAUGCUUGGGCCAGGCCACAUUGAGUCUACAUUGAGAUUGUAUGUCGAGUUGCUGAGGAUCUGGAUCGAGGAAAUCAAGCAGAAGACUAAAGAUGCAGCGGCGGACUCUGGCGAUAAAUCUGGUACUGGGAGCAGAGCUCUGCAACUAGACCUCUCCAGCGUUCUCGCCCAGGUCGAGGAAGUGGAGUCCCAUGGCUUAUUCUUCCUUUGCUCGCAAUCGAGGAGGGUUCGCGCUUUUGCGAUCACCGUGCUCCGCCUUAUUACGGAAUUUGACAGCGCCCUUGGAAAGGAGAAUACGCGGAUCAUCCGGAUCUUGGAGGCCGACUCGCAACAGAUAUUGGACGUCAAUGACGAACAGCUUACUGUGGCUGAAAGGAGUCGCAUCCAGAAAGGCAAGCGAAGAAGCGCCACUCAAAAUACGCUGAUUGAGCUGUGCAGCAGUGAAGUAUUUCCCAACAUUAUUCGGAUUAGCUUCGAGACCUGUCCUUUUGCUGUGACGCUGGGCCGUGAGAUCACCAUUACUUCACUUGCGGAGAGUCCUCAGUAUCCUCAAUACGGUCCAAUCGAUGCCAUUCAGGCUCGAUCAUUCGGCAGGAGUAAUACGACCGCCGAGAUCUUGAUUGAGCAAUGGAAACUCGUAGGCGCACAAUCCCAGAGCCAGCUGGCAAACGCUCAGCAUGCACGGAAGGGAUCAAAAGGGUCACAACAAUCGCAGGAUAAAAUAAGCUCCGCCCGAAGCCUCUUUGCUUUUGUGAUCCCGUUGCUAUCAGCCGAGCGUUCUUCAAUUCGGAACGCGAUAGUGAUUGCCUUAGGAUCGAUCAACAAGAACCUAUACCGCACCCUGCUUGAGUCUCUACAGUACGCCGUUACGACUUGCAACGAAGAAGCUAAAGUUCGGAUUGGUACACAUUAUCACCGAUUGCGGACCGAAGUCACCCAUGUGUAUAAACUAACGUCACACUUUCUCAAAGAACCCGAAGUAUACAAUGAUGACUGGAUCGUCAACAACCUUGUUACCUAUGCAAAGGACUUGCGGAUAUUCUUGAGUGAUGCCGAGGUGCAGAACGAUUGGGAGUUUCAGCGGCUUCGCUUCCACUACUGCGGGCUUAUGGAGGAGCUCUUCGAGGGCAUCAAUCGUACCAAAGACCCCUCUCGCUGGAUACCUUUCGAAUCAAGAAAAUCGUCCUUCUCUCUUAUGGAGGACUGGUGCGGAUAUUCGCCUAAUCAGAAUGCCAUCUCACAAAAUCAUGAGGCUGGCGAAUUGCGUAACACUGCCGCAGCCAUGGAAAUAGAGAAGAAGAACCUGCGCGCAGCAGCCCUCAGUGCAAUGGCAUCCCUGUGUGCUGGGCCGAUCAGUAUCACAACAGAGAGCGGGUCGGUACUCCAAUUCGAUGUGGGCCGAAUGCUUUCUUGGGUUGAUAUCAUCUUCAACACGAUCAGUGACAAGUGGCACGCCAUUGGUAGACGGGCCCUCAAGAAUCUAAUUAUCCACAAUAAGGAGCACUCAUACUUGUUGGAACGGUCCAUCGAGAUGUGCUAUGUCACAGAGCGACCGAAGGCAUUGGAGAGCUACUUUGAAGUCGUGACUGAAGUUCUGAUCGAGCAUACGGAUUACCCGCUUGGGUUUUGGAGAAUCUUGGGUGCCGUACUUGUUACACUUGGUAGCCCGAAACGGGAGAUCAGGAUGAAGUCUGCUAAGCUGCUUCGAAUUUUGGAAGAGCGACAACAGAAGAGUUCAAGAUUACAAGACUUCGACAUCAGCAUUUCCGACAAGACGACCGCCGUCUACAAGCUUGCGCAAUUCGAGACCUCGAAACGUCUGGCGAAGCAACACUCUGACCUGGCCUUCACUCUUUUCUCCGAGUUUUCAUUGCACUUUCGGAACCUGCGGCCGGACAGCCAGCGGAACAUGGUGGCUGCCAUUCUUCCGUGGGUCCAGACAAUGGAGCUUCAAGUCGAUCCAAAUGGCGGCCCAACAGCAAAGUCAUACAUGCUUCUGGCUAAUUUGUUUGAAAUCACGAUCCGUUGCAGUACUAUUCUUCCAAACGAGGUCCAAGCCCUUUGGCAAGCUCUAGCCACAGGCCCGCAUGGUGGCAACGUACAGUUAGUGCUUGACUUCAUCAUCAGCCUCUGUUUGGAACGCAAAGAGCAGAAUUUCGUGGAUUAUGCCAAGCAGGUUGUUGUGUUCUUGGCAGGCACGCCAGCUGGCUCCAAGGUUAUCGAAUUCUUCUUGUUGCAAGUCGUGCCUAAGCACAUGGUACAAGAGAGGAAAGAUAUCACGCCAGCGCCACCUGAUAUCAGAGGUCUACCCUAUGUCACAGAUCUCGGAACAGUACUCCCUGUUGGCAACAAGCAAGCUGGCCUUUCCCUGGGCCAAGUCGCGCUGAUUUUCCUCGUUGACUUGAUGGUUGCGCCAGUCACGCUGACUAUGGAUGAUCUGGUCAAAUUGCUUCAUGUUGUCCUUAUACUCUGGGACCACUAUACGCUCACUGUACAAGAACAGGCCAGGGAAAUGCUGGUUCAUCUGAUACAUGAGUUGAUCGCCGCAAAGGUGGAAGAUGACGCGCCUAUCGAAACACGGCAAUCCAUUGAAGACUUUGUGGAAUCAAUUCGUAAGAGCGACCCGAAGGUUGUGUGGGAAUACGAAGACGUCAGUGACAAAGAAGAUGAAGAGGAUGGCAGCCGUGUCCCGCCGUCAAUGGCCUCUGUCACUCGCCAAGUAGUCGAUUUCUUCAGCCUUGGAUAUGAAGGGCUGAACGACCUAUGGGCGAAAGAGGCGUUGAACUGGGCGACGUCAUGCCCCGUGCGACAUCUUGCCUGUCGAUCGUUCCAAGUAUUCCGUUGCAUAUCCAUGUCUCUAGACUCCCGAAUGCUGGCUGAUAUGUUGGCUCGUCUAUCGAACACUAUUGCAGACGAAGAGUCGGAUUAUCGAACUUUCUCCAUGGAAAUCCUUACGACUCUCAAGAUCAUUAUCAGCUCCUUGGCGCCUACUGACCUGUUGCGGUAUCCUCAACUGUUCUGGACUACAUGUGCGUGCUUGAAUACCAUCCACGAAACGGAAUUUAUUGAGAGCGUUGGCAUGCUUGAGAAAUUCCUGGAUCGUGUCGACAUGAGUGACCCCAUGGUAGUUUCAGAGCUCAUCAAAGGUCAACCGCCAAAGUGGGAAGGCGGCUUUGAUGGCCUCCAAGACUUGAUCUACAAGGGCCUGAAGUCGUCUGAAUCGUUGAAUCGAACACUGGAUAUCCUCCACCGACUAAGUGGCCUUCCAAACAACGAGCUCAUUGGGGAUGGUAACAGGUUGCUAUUUGCCAUAUUAGCCAACCUGUCUCACUUCUUGCGUCAAUUUGACUCCGACGUUGACGAUCCCAAGACAUUGGCGCGCGCGACACUUCUGGCAAGGGUCGCUGAGAGUGAACGAUGCCCCCGACUAGCAGCCUCCUUGCUCGGAUUUGCGAAUGGCCAAUACAAGGCGGAGAACGAUUUCCUGAACCAUAUCAUUACGGAGAUUCGGUCAUAUUACUUCCCUCGCCAGGAUGUCCAAAGUCUCAUUUUCCUGAUGGGGUUGCUGACAAAUACAACAAACUGGUUUCGCGUCAAGGUCAUGAAAAUACUAUGCGUGUUGUUACCCGAUAUGGACAUGCGUCGGGGAGAAGUGACGUGUCAUGGGCCUGAUCUGAUCUCUCCUCUCUUGCGACUGCUACAGACGGAUCUCUGUCCCCAAGCUUUGCAGGUCAUGGAUUACAUUAUGACCGUCUCGGCCAAUCCAAUGGAAAAGCAUCACAUCCGGAUGAGCAUGGCUUCGUCGUCAUCUUCUCGAGCUAUCCGGAAGGAGUACGAGCGUGUGCAAAGCUUGUACGGUAUACCCGAACCAACCGGCUGGUCGAUACCAAUGCCUGCGACACAAUCAAGCAUCACACGACAUAAUGUCCAUGCAGUGUUCUACACUUGUGCGGAAGUUGAUCGUAUGGAAGCGCAGGAGACAGCACCCUCUGAGGUGGAAUUCCACGCCGAUGAGUACAAUGAUACGUUUUUCCCAAUGCGGGCGGACACGAUGAAAUCCAUCGAUACGCAAACGGACGGCAACAUGGGAGACAUUGUCCAGAAGCUAGACAGUCUGGAUGAUUUCUUCGAGGAGACCGACCCGGUGCACGCAACGCUGGACCCCAUUUCCAAUUCCACGCUACGGGGCUUUACUGGUACAUUUGCCGAUACCAACGCCAGUCUGUACGACCAGCAAACUGCGCCUAUUCUCCGCAAGUCCCUGGCCAGAACCGCCUCAACGUCGUCUUUUCAUAAUGGACUUGCCGAGUCCCGUCCGUCCAAUAUGCGCUUCGACAGCAUGGGAACGCAAUCUCCCGGGACAUUUACGCCUCAAGCUCCGAGCCAGAAUGCACGGCCCGUUUCCCACACGCGCUCCGUUACGUCUCCAGUCAAUCAUCUGUUCACGCCUCCGAAUGCUAGCGUUCAUCACAAUACGCCCUUAAUCGGUUUCGAGUCGGCGUUCCUAUCCGAUGACGAGAUAGAGGACGGCUUGGCUGAUCACAAACAAGCCAUGCCACAUCCUAUCAGUCAAACGCGCAGUGCCACGGACGGGUCCUCGUCGCUUGAAUCCAUGAUUCGCAGCGGUAUGCGACGGCUCACCGGUGGAGCAGCCACCAAUCGGGAAAAGGAGAGACAGCGUGAUCUGGUUCGAGCUCAACAGCGAGCAAUGGCUCAGACGGCCAGCUCCCCGCGAGUGCCCAAGGUGCCUGCCGAAUAUCUGACUGGACCAACGAGCAACCCAUCUUCCCCAGCACAACAGUGA